GAAGAGAUUGGAUAGCCAUUUGUCUGGAAUAGUGUAGGGUCUCCUGCUUGAGCAGGGGAAUGGAUUAGAAGAUCUCCAAAAUCUCUUCUAACUCUGUUAUUCUGUAUUCUGAUUAGGAAGAAAAAAUGGCAUAACCUGGAAAGGCAGCUGGCUGACCAGGUUCUGAAUUGGGUUACUCAUCUAGCAGCCAAGAGUGGCCAGGAAUCUGUGAAACUGGUUUAAACAAUUUCCCUAAUAGCUCCCAAGAGACUCUUCCUUACUGCUGUUUUUUUUUUUGUUUUUUGUUUUUACCUCAGCACAAUUACCUCAGCAAUGUGGUGAGUUUGCUCUCUGAGUCCCACAGAGAGAGAAUAGCAAUAUUGAAAAAGGAGAGCAGUAGCUAACAAGCUUUCUUUUCAUGCUUGAGCAGCCAGCUGGUCCUUUUGCAUAUAGGUAGUCCUCGUUUAGUGACCAUAAUUGAGACUAGCAACUCAUUUUUUAACUGAAGUGGUUGUGAAGUGAAACUGCAACUUUGUGUUUAUGAUCUUGCUUCAGCUUUCCUUUUGCUUUACAGAUCUGUGAAGGUUGUAAACAUGUGGAUUAAUCACAAAGUUAGUUUUUUAAUCUGCUAAUGGUCACUCUAUUAGGCAGUCCCCUAGUGAGGACUUCUUUUAUUAGACAUAGACUGGGAAAUGGUAAAAGGAAGCCAAGCUGAGCCUGUCUCCUUUUCUGGAAGAAAUAGCCUCUUCAGUAUUUCCACAUAGGACAGAUAAUAAAAUAACCUGAAAGGUUGGCUCAGGUUACCCGUAACUUCCAUUUUUACAGAAAUGUCCUGGGAAUGAUUCUGGUGAAUAUUGCACAGCAUUAAAAUACAGCAACACAACAGACCCUGAACAGUUUACGGAGCAGGAUAAUGGCUCCUUUUUAGUGCCAAGCUAUCAGAACAACAACUCGUAUAGGAAAGAUGUCCUUGACAUUUUAAGCAUGUUCUAGUGUACCAAAAGGAAAGUACUAUAAACCUAGGAGUGAAUGAAGUUCCAGAUCAGAACAGCCAUUCAAUAACCACUUGACUUCAAGGCUGCCAAGCGUUGUACCAAGCACUCAUUAAUCUGGAAAGGAUUUUUAACAUUCCAGAACAGAACUUCCACAUAUUAUUUUUGACAAUACAUCAUGGAAGACUCUAGUUUAAAAACAGUUUUAGCUACACCAGAAGAAACAGAAGAACCAUAUCCAAAGAAAUUUAAAAUUGAUAGCAAUCAAGUGAUCUUUGAGAAGGGGCAGCAGCAGUUAUUUGAAAAAUGCAGUGAAGAUAAAAAAUCAGCAAACAAAUUUCUCUGUUUUCCUAAAAUAUUAUGGAAUUUUAGUCAGCAUAAUUUGGAGUUACGAGAGAAAAGCAGUACAAAUUUAAAAACCAAUAUAAGACAACAUGCAAAUUUCAAGAUGUAUAUGAAUGCCAAUUUACAAUCCAGAUUGUUAGAAAAUAUUCCUUACAUUGAAAAAUGGCAUCCUAAUAGUUGUACCAGGAAUGGUAGUUGCAAGUUAAAGAAAAAUAAUUCAGAUUUCAUAAAACUUGAAUCUUUGGUCUCAUAUGCAAAAGAAAGUGAAACAGCAACAAAGACUGCUAAUAUGUCAAAGACAAAUGAAUGGCCAAGAGGUAUAAUUUUUUAUAUUAUCUUGGCAGAAAAGUUUAUUGCAAGAAUAGAAUCUUUAUUUGGAGAUGUGCCAGAAUUUCAAAAUAAAGAAAAGGACCCAGGUUGUUGUCGUGUGUGUAAAAUGUUACGGUCAGAAGAACAACAUCUUAUUUCAAAACCAGUUAGAAGUGAUGAAAAUAGUGAUGAUGAAGUCUUAAAGUUCUGUUUGCCAUUUAAGUAUUUUAUGAAUGGAAAAAAGUCAGACUUUGAAUCUUUGAACUAUGAGUAUAACAAUAUUUUAUAUAAGAACAGUGAUAUUCUAUCCUACAAAAAACAAAAAAGAUUUUCUGGAAAGAAGAAUUUCAGAAGAAACAAAAUAUUUCGGCACACAUAUACACUUUAUUCAAAAAAAUGUGGAAUAAAUCUUAAAUUAACAAAAGGUAUUGCUUUUGAGCUGUUUUUACAAAGUAAAGGAACAUAUCGUUAUAGUACUGUAACAGAAAAUGGUAUUCCAGUACUCCAGUACAUAAGUCAAAUUAAUCAACAACAAACAGAAAAAUCUAAUGAAGAAGACACAAAAGAAUGGCUCUUAUGUCCUACAGAUAUUAGGGAAGAUGAUAUAUUUUCAAUGCUUUGCUAUGGAAAAAAACAAACAAGCCAAAUAAUACUUUCUAAUAAUCAAAAUAUCCAAAGUAAAAAAUGCAAUAUUAUUUUAUGGGAAAGAAUAUUCCUGAAACAAUUCCUGUAUAUUCCUGAAACAAUCUAUAAUUUGGCAGAUAGUUUUAGAUUAUUAAAUUAUCUGAUUUUAAUUCCAAUCAUACUUAAAAAGUCAAAAGCUAAAGAUUUUAAGCUUGAAAUAGUUACAGUGGAACCAUUUAUUCAAAACAAAUAUAGAAAAAGCAAUCAAACCAGUGGUUUUUCUUCUAAAAAAUUUAAACAUUCUUAUUUUGUUUUAAGAGCACAUAACAAAUGGGAAAAAAGAAUAUUUAGAAAUAGUAUUAAUUGUACAAAUAACAAAUAUGUCCCAAAAUAUAUAGAAACAGAUAGUAAAGAAAGAAUGAAUAAAACACAAUAUAAUAAUCAUAAACAUAACCAAAAUAAUUCAUGUGAUUUUGUUGAUAGAAAAUCUCAUCUUGAUACAUAUACAAAAAUUUCCCUCAGUUCUUAUUCAGAGGAAAUAGAACACAUUUCAGUCCUGGGAGAGGUAAUAAUUACUGAUGAAAAAUAUAGCAAACGAUGCAUAACUGCUGACAAAGGAUUCACUAGAAAUCAUUCUGAAACGUUAACUUAUAUUUGUGCGCCACUCAAGUUAUGUGCAAAUGAUAGUUGUCUUUUAAAACAAGAAAGAAAAAGUAAGACAUACCAAUAUUUCAAAGACAGGCAAUGGCUAAAACACAAAAUUAAUGGUAAAUUUUUCCCAAUUUCCAAAAGACUUUUUAAACAUUCCUUACAUGUUAAUCAAUAUUUUACUCCCGACAUGUUUCAUAAACUUUGUCUAACCCAAAAUAUGGCGAUCAGUGUAGAAACAAAGCAGAGUAAAACUUCCCUGUAUGGAAAAAGGUGCUUUGGAUUUGAAAAAAUUAAGAGUGUUUUACAAUACCAAUAUCAAACUACAUGGAUUUCAAAUGUUUUUAAGGCACCCAAAACUAAUGCAAUGGAAAAUAAGAACUUUUUGGGUAGUUACAAUAUUUUGUUCAGUGGCACAAUUAUGUCAGAAAUACUAUGUAUAAACCAAACUGCUGAGGAUGUAAAUAAGACAAAAUGUGCCAUUGCUGAGAAGAACUAUGUAAACAAAAGAAAUCAGUCUCAGAAUUUAUGUGAGCUAGAUUUCAAAGAGGAAUGUGCAAAGUCUGUUAAUUCUGUGGACAAAUUAACAGCCUCAUGUUCCACAAAACAAAAAGGUUUUGAAGAUUCAAGAGAAGGGCAUUUUUCUUCAGAAACUAACAGAAGAGAUCAAUUUAAGUUAGUACUGGAAGAGCUUCAUAUGUUUAAUGAAAUUAGUAAGGAAAAUGAAAAUAGCCUGUCACAAACAGAAGUAAAUAUUCUUGAGAAAGAAUCUCAUGUACUAAAUUGUUCUGACAACAUACCAGAUCAAGUUAACAGAAAUAUUAAUCCAGUCAUUUCCACAACUGAUAUUACUAUGAGUUGCACUUCUGGGAUAAAGCAAAAUAGCUACAAAAAUAGUUUAUUUAAGCAGAACAUACAAUUUGGAGAGCAGGAGAUACCCCACAGUUCAAAUCUAUCAGGUGAAGAAUUGUUCUGUUCAUCUUCUGAAAAAUGUGCUCAUCGUAAACAACCUUUCUCUUGGAAACCUGCGUUCGUAUCUCAAACAUUCAUGAAAGAAGGAAGCUGUAAUUUAACAUCAGAAAGAGGAAACUGUUUACUCAGUGGAAUUAUAAGGAUACAGCCUCUUAAAACAUGUUGCGGUCCUUUAAGAGUUGGAUUGUCAAGGAAAGCUAAACUCAAGCAGCUUCAUCCAUAUUUAAAAUAGUUCACUAUUAACAGAAUAUUAAGCAAAUAUUAUUUUUCAUUAAAUGUUUAAAUUAGUUAUCACAUUCAUAAUUAAAAUAUUUCAUUAUUAUUGUAAUAUAUAAACCACUAGUCUAUAAAUUUACUGUGAUUUUAAAAUUAACUGCUGGUAAAAGUAUUCUAUGAAAUAUACAUAUAAUACUGUCAUGUUAUAAAACUGAAAUGCAUAGAAAUCUGAGAUACAUAAAUACGCUUAAGUUAUUUUCAUUUAUUAAAGUACCAUAUCAAAGUAUAAAAUAGAUGUGGUGUCAUAUCGUAUAGCAGUUUAAUAAAUACCUACCAAUAGUCAAGUUGUACAUUCAUUUGAAAGCAUUAUGGAAUCUUCUGAGCCAUAUUUAUUUAAUGGUACUUUUUUUUAUAAUAUUCUUAAGAUUAAAAUGGUUUUUCCUCCAUGGAUAUUUCUGUUAAAUAUUUAGUCUCUUGUACAAGGGUUCAUAAAAUGAUCCAUGUAGCAGUACCUAGGAUACACAGAGCUAACACAUUGCUGAGAAGAGAGAAAGAAGUGUGUAUUCAUUCUCCACCUCUUUCUUCUGAACUUCUAUCAAAGUUAAUGGAUGACUAACUAUUUAUGAAAUAGUGUCCUAGGCCAUCUAACAUAUUCUAUCAUGCUCUAAGUCCAAAGUCUUAGACAUGGAUGGUUUUUAUCCAUUAUACUCACUUCCUCUGAUAAGUUGUUUAUGUAAUUUUCGAAAUGUUUCUCUGCCAAACUUGAGUUAAUGUUAAUGUAUUGCUAAUAAAGUUCUAUGUAUGUAUAUUUCUAAAUUAUUAGAGCUAAUUGAUAAAGCUCUUCAGGUUGGAUGAAAUCUUAUUCUGGCAUUUAUUAACUGAAAGCAAGAUUUCAUUUUAGCUAUAUUUUUCAACCAUUCUCUUAUUUUAUAAGAAUUAAAACAUUUCUAUCUUCAA